AUGCUGGACCAUGUCUCGAUCCUGUGAGUGCCGAGGCCGAGGCAGAGCCCUUCCCCCACUCGCUCCCCCUCCACCACAUUCGUGGCUGACUUUCUGCACGCACAACCCCUACCCCCCGUAGAACACGAGGGGGACUAGUCCUUUAUGGUCACGCUUUCACUCCGUCUCCCUCGCCGAUCAACGACCUCAUUCGCUCCGCCUUGAUCGAACAACGUUCGAACGAAAUCACCUCCGGAGGCGACCACGGUCUCUCGACCUGCGACAAGGACGCGUACACGCUCUUGUGGAGCUUUGACAACCAGUUCGACCUCGUGUUCGUCAUCGCGUACCAAAGGAUCCUGCAAUUGACCUACGUCCAGGACUUGUUGGUCCAAGUCAAGCGCGCCUUUGUCCGCCAGUACGAACCCAAGAUCGAGGCGAUACAGCAAGCGUCCAGGGGGAAGCGACAAAAGCCUUUUGAAUUUGGACCCGAGGGGUGGGAGAGCUUGUUCGCAGGCUGGCACGCGACAUUCAUGAAGCUGUUGAGGGAGCAAGAGCAGAGCGCUGCCAAGGUUCGUGCGAGCGACGGCGACCGGGCGGCCCAGUCACGGCUUUCGUCUCCCAGCCUGUGCUCCUCUACUGACCUCUCGUAUGUGGCUCGUUUACAGACAAGAAGAUCAUCACUACCUUCCACACCCUCCGCAGCGGUUCGGGAAAAGGACCCCGAGGCCUUGACCGGUGCAAACACUCCGGAGCCGAGUGCAAAAUGUGAGCUUUGGCAAAUCCACCGAAUCACCCAUCUUUACUGCGAUUCUGAUCGCGGUGAUCGUUCCGCAGCCACCGGGGACUCGCUCGAUGCCGAAUCGAUCGCACGAAAUAUUGCGGCGUUGAGAGCACGGCAGAAAGCGGGAGCAAAAGGUGGCAGGGGUGGCAAGAAAGCCGCCGAGGCUGACCCAGCGUCCGAGUAUGUUCCCUUGCGAGUCCUCCACGGUCCGCAGCCAAGUACCACGCCUCUGACCGCGCGAAAUGAUUUUUUUUAAGUAGCCUCGACAGCCCUUCACGGACACCGACCAAGAAAGCGGCGACGAAAUGGAGCGACUCGAAGGUCUCUGCCGCCGACUUGGCCGCUUACGACUAUUCCUCGGACGCCCCCUCGUCCGGCGCAUCGACCCCGCUCAACAAGUCGCUCAUCUCCUCGGCCGCGCUCGGGAAACGCACCAAAUCAGGCCUCUACGAGGUCGCCGACUACGCCACCGCGCACGACUCGUCCGACGACGACGACGAGGUUGCACCCACGACGACUGCCACCUCGACGCUCUCGGCCUUCUUUGGCCGCCUCUCGCUCCAGCCCAAGGCCCUGUCCGCCUCGGACCUGACGCCCGCGCUCGUUUCGAUGCGCGAACACCUCAUGUCCAAAAACGUCGCCAAGGACAUCGCCGACAAGGUGUGCGAGAGCGUCGGCAAAUCGCUCGAAGGCAAAAGGGUCUCGGGCUUUGGCGGCGUCAAGAAGGAGGUCCGCCACGCGCUGCAGCAGUCCCUCACCAAGAUCCUGACGCCUAAAACGUCGACCGACCUCUUGCUCGACAUUACGCGGAAGAGAACGACGGCGACGUCUUCGACCUUUUCUUCGGCCCCCAAGAACGGCGGCGCAUCCAACCCGGACCCCUAUUCCAUCACCUUUGUCGGCGUCAACGGCGUCGGCAAAUCAACGAACCUGUCCAAGGUCGCCUUUUGGCUAUUGCAGAACAAACUACGCGUGCUGAUCGCGGCCUGCGAUACUUUUCGUUCCGGUGCGGUCGAGCAGCUCCGCACCCACGUCAGGAACCUGGGCCAGCUCGGAGAGGAGUUGGGCGGGGUCGGGAUCGUGCAGGACGGGGUCAAGAUGAUUGAGCUGUACGAGAAGGGGUACGGCAAGGACGCAUCGGGGAUCGCCAAGGAGGCCAUUGCGUUCGGUGAGGCCUUCGCAAAUUUUCCGCUUCCUCUCGUAAGGGUGGGAAGCUGACCCCUCUCUGGCCCGGCGCCCCGAUGCGCAGCCAAGGAGAAUGCGUUUGACGUCGUCUUGAUCGACACGGCCGGCAGGAUGCAAGACAACGAACCAUUGAUGCGCGCGUUGGCCAAGGUGCGCUUGGGAUUGGGGUCGGGCCCUUGCAUGCUCCUUGUACUAAUGCAGACCUCGUCUUUCCACAGCUCGUGACGGUCAACAAUCCCGACAAGAUCGUCUUUGUCGGCGAAGCGCUCGUCGGCAACGAAGCCGUGGAUCAACUGACCAAGUUCAACCGCUCGUUGAGGGACUUUUCGGGCGUCAAGAAUGCACGAGGGAUCGAUGGGAUGAUCUUGACCAAGUGAGCACAGGAUGUGGCACCGUCAGCCAUUGACCACGAGCUGAUCUUGGCAUUCGGCUCUCUUUCGCACGUAGGUUCGACACCAUUGACAACAAGGUCGGUUCAGAAAUCGGUGACCCUAAGACUAGCUCCACUGACAUUGUUAUGAAUCUGCAUGCUUCCAUCAGGUUGGGGCCGCGCUCUCCAUGACCUACGUGACGGGCCAGCCGAUCCUGUUCGUCGGGACGGGCCAGACCUACUCGGACCUAAGGUCUCUGCGCGUCGCACAUAUUGUCGCGGCAUUGUUGCAGGAUUGA